UAGUAGGCUACAGUAGACAUGUAAUAAAGAACGUGCAUUUUCUUGUUGCUGUCAUUGUUUGGUCUGACAUAUUGAACUCCUGCAUCUGAAGCCGAGCCGUCGAUCCGACGACAGCACCAGCGCGUUUACAUUCAUGGACAAAGAGAAGUGCAGCGACGUUCGUGCUCAGUGCUCCUGGAUGGAGGUGCAUCAGUUCAUUGGUGACCUUAUCACAUCUGGAAACGCCUUGCAGGAUCAGCCAGAUGUGCUGAACGCAGCAUGGGGCGUGGCUGGCGGCGGCGGUGGUGUUGAGGCUCUACGGUUCAAAGGUGCAUCACACGAACCUCUGCAGCAACAACUACAACCGGUCCGGGACAGGUCGGAGCCUGGGACAUCACAGAGGAAGGGAGAGGCCAGAGACAAGAGACAAGAUGUGCGUAAUGCCUGCACCUGCCCUGGCUGCCCUUCCGCCACUUCUGCAACUUCCUUUGAGACUUUAAAACCAAGGCAGUUUUUGCGCGCACCCGCUCACUCAGAUGGGUUGUGCCAUCCCAAAGACCUCAGCAGUACUGCUUCAAUGAGCCUCGACUUGUGCUUACCAGACACCCCCGAACCAAGCAGCACCACAUCUGAGCUAGAGCCCAGGGCGUCCAGUCGGCCGCAGAAGGAUGAAGACAGAGGGACUGCAGAGCAGACUCCUCCUUCCAGAGCGUCCUCGGGCUCCUUCUCCCACCUCUCCAUGUUUCCCUGCUUGUGUUGCCAUCGCAGCCUGCAGACCUGCACCCAGAUACUGAGCAACCAGGAAGGCGCAGACUCCCUGUUUUCUCACGCCCACCAUCCUUUUCAUCACCACCACUGUCCCAUAACCUCUUGUUUACCCUGCCCUCAGCUAGCCCGCUCUCAUGCCCCACAGUUCUCUGGCCCUUUUCCCUGCUUGCCCUGCCAGGGCUCCUUUCCUCCCUGUACUCAGGUCUGCCACCACCAGCACAGACAAACACACACUCAGCAGCAAGCGGAAAGAGGCAGGGCGGCUACGACCAUGUUGUCUCUUCAUCCCUGUAUGCACUGCUCCGCAUCUUUUCCCAGACCGUCCCAGUUGCUGCAGCACCAGCGCUCUGAGCACGCCCAAAAACCAUCCGGCUUCCUCUGCACAGAGUGCGGCAGGGCCUUCAACUCGCACAGCAACCUCCGCAUCCAUCUCAAUGUGCACACCGGUGCCCGGCCGUACACCUGCUCUGACUGCGGGAAGAGUUUUAGCCAGUCAGGGGCUCUGAAGAUCCACAGGCGCAUUCACACCGGUGAAAGGCCAUAUUCCUGUGGAUUUUGCGGCAGGGGGUUUCCCCAUCUGGCAGGGGUCCGGGCCCAUCAGAGGACCCACACAGGAGAGAAGCCCUACUGCUGUAGCCAGUGUGGGAAAUGUUUCACCCAGUCAGGAGCUCUUAAGAUUCAUAUGCGCAUCCACACAGGAGAGAGGCCCUUCAUCUGCAGCUUUUGUGAGAAAAGCUUUUCUAACCGCUCCGGGAUCCGCUUCCACUACCGCACGGUCCACGGACUGGCCCCCGAACACACCAGAGAAGCCGGAGCUGGGGAUGCAUAUCGGGGAGCAGCCGGCCGUAGUUGGCCACCUGGGCGUCCCAGGACGUUUCCUCCAACCAACGUUGGGCUGAAUACGCCCAACAGUUCAGACAGCAACUCGCACACAGCUCCAAAGUCCGGAGAGUCUCCUGUGUUGACUGCUGCUCAUGCUGGUUUUGGGAGCAAACAGGGAGCAAACCCAGGCAGCAACAGAGAGGGGCUUCUGUAUGCAUGUGAAGACUGUGGCCUGCGCUUUAAGGACGCCCCGUCCAGAAACAGGCACCAGACUCUGAUGCACUACUCGUCCGAGGGGAGAGAGGAGGAGGAGGAGGAGGAGGCAGAGGGGCAGAGGGAAGAGCUAAGCACAAACAAGAGGGUCCACGAUAACAGUGGAGAGUGAAUUCAUGCUGUUGGUGCAUUACAACAAAAACAACAUCAAAACACCAGAGUAAAUAGUGAUUAAAGAACGCAUGCAAUAUGCGUGCAAUAUAUGCUGUAGGUAAAGGUGCGAUAUACAGGAUUGGGAGCAUUUCUAUUGCCUCUCAAUAGCCGGCGGCUAGCAGCUAACGGUGCUAGCAGUGCAAACUAAGGCAAAGGUGCGGACAGAGCUAACGGUGUUUACCCGGAGAGCAAACAGAGGGCGGGCGCUACGCUUAUGCAACCACCAGAAACUUUGCUCGGGUAGUUUUUUGCAGUUAUGUUAAUGCUCUGAAUCCCAUAUAUUGCACAUUUAAAGCUACUUCGAGGAACUUUCAUUUCAUGAUGAUUUUGGUGGUCCUUGUGGACAAAAGUGUGAAGUGUUUCCAAGUACCAGCCAUUUUAUUGGGGUCUGCCCCGCUCAAGUCCUGGUUCUAGUGCCUCCCUUCCCUCCAGCGGGCCCAUCAACACGGCCUGGGCCUCCAGCAGCGUGGCGUCCGAGUCGGCUCCCAGCGGAUCAGCAGGGAGAAGAGUCUGUCCACAGAGGGCUGCUUCUUGUCGAAGGCCCCAUUGUGGUUCUGAGCCGAAGCAGUUUCUGGUGAACCCUGCAUGAUUUCAUCUGGUUUUGCGGGGAUUUGAACCCAGUGGCACUGAUGGCAUUACGAAUAACUACAUAGAAAUAGCCAGUCUUCUCGCUGAUGGUCUUGUUUACUUGUGUAUAUACUGUAUGGGUCAUAUAAAGGCAGCAGUGUUAAACUGACUGUUUCAUAAUCAGUUAAAAGUUCCUCACAGUAACUUUAAGUUUUGCUCUUUUCAACUUGAAAGGUCUUUGAUACGGCACUAUUUCUAGCUUGAUAGGAGUUCAUACUUUAGAUUGGUUGCCAUUUUUCUAGAAGUAAAGUGUCCAGCUGCCUGUUUUUGCAAAUGCAUCACUGCUACAGGCUUCACAUCUUUGUAAAAACAACCUUUAACACUUUGCUGCUGCAAUCAAACACCAGGCCAACGUCUUCUUCUUAAAACAGUCGUUUUAUUGUGCCUUAUUCAGCAGGGGACGAGGUCAGCGAGGUCAUCGCUAAUUGUGACACCACAGAGCUUGUAGAAGCAUUUCUAGAAAGUUUAAUUACAAUUACAUUUUGGAGCUGCGUUCAGUAAUGUUUUCAGAUAGAAUGGAGGACUGCCACUGUCACCUGACCGUUAUAAUGUAACACGCCUCGUAAUGGGAACAGCAGCAAUGACAUUUCAGUUUAGUUGAAUUCAUUUCUUUAGUAGUUUGUAUUCUCCAUACAACAAUCUGUGAAAAUCUUAAAUUGGCAUAGAACAUUAGGUCAAAUUAGGAGAUACAGAGUUAAGUGACAUUUCGUUGCUGUACUGUGGCAAAAGUUGAAUAAGGCCACAUACUGGAAUGUUUAAUGAUACGGUUUUGUGUCUCUCACAUAAUCAUGACGCCACCUUGCCUGUUGUGCCUUUCUGUGUUAUACUACAAUACAAUCAUUUAUUUUAAAACAAUGUUUAUUUGUUACUGUACAUGUUAUAAAUGGAUGACAAUUAUCUGAGGAGUGAGAACCAGCAGACAAAUAAUUACGCAACACAUUAGUUUAAAGCUCAAGAGAGCCACCUAGUGGUGAUACAACGUUACAGCAACAGUCUUUACCACUUUGUUACAGUGUGCCAUUUAUAGUUUGAAAUAUACAUUGUGAAUACAAUGCUUUGUGAGGACAUGUAACGUAUAAUCCACUUUUUUUGUUUUGUUGCAUUAACCUGUUAAAUACAUUGCUGUAUGUGUUUUCUGAAAGUGCAGCUUGUGAAUAAACAUUUUAAUAAACGGUAUCACUGAGGGGCAACUGAACCUGCAUCUUCUUUGUGCAUCACAGGAUACUUUCGCUGUUUAACGACAUACUUCCUGGAAGGAAAUACUUGUGUGCAUAUGGCUGAGAUCUGAGUUGUGUACCCUCGUAUAUGCAUCGUGGUCCAAGUGACUAAUCGACUUUAGGUACAUCACUCACUGGAAGUUCAGCUCUGUCAGCAUUAGUACUGUCUGGACAACACUGUCCAGCUUAAUGUCUUCUGUCCGCUUGAGAUCACCUCAAGUAAUCCUCUGCUCCCAACACACAUUUCAGUUCAGGCGAGUCUUUUUUUCCCUUCAUGUCUGAGCUCGCUGUGCUCACAAAGGCUCCUCAUAUGUGUGCUUCUGUAGUAAAGAGUCGCAUGACUUGGGCUCUGCGUAGACCACACUGAUCGGCCUCGGGCCAUUAGCAUGUAGGGCGGGAGUGCAGUAGCCAUUGGAUAGCAUCCUGUGUGAGGGGCAGUCAUACUGAGCGUGGCUGGAUGUCCUCCUGGUUCCAGCGGUAGGUGCUGGUACAGGGGGUCCAUGUGUUUUGCUGUGAACGAUCCCCGUCAAAGUUGGUAGCAUGGACUCCGAGGGCUGCUCACUGAAUGGGGUGGCAUACUCAGGCUCUGGGGGCAAAGGCUCGGCGUACUCUGGCAGGUUG